CAGGGCAAACCAGAAUCAAAUCCCAUCUUUCUUCUCAUCGGAUCAAACCCAUAUAGAGCGAGAAGAAGAAGAAGAAGAAGAAGGAGAAAAGAGAAUGGCGGGAAUCAUCCACAAGAUCGAGGAGACCCUUCACAUGGGAGGAGGCAACAAGGAAGGCGAGCACAAGAAGGAGGAGCACAAGGGCGAGCACACCCUCCACAUGGGAGAAGGCCACAAGGAAGGCGAGCACAAGGGCGAGCACAAGGAGGAGCACAAGGGAGGCUUCUCCGACAAGAUCAAGGACAAGAUUCACGGCGGCAGCGACCAGCAUGACAAGGAGGGUCACGAGAAGAAGGACAAGAAGAAGAAGAAGGACAAGAAGCACGAGGACGGGCACGGCCACGACAGCAGCAGCAGCGACAGCGACUGAGGCCCCCCCGUUUCGCAGUCAGGCGAACGGCGUCGGAUCGGAGCGAGGGCGUGCUGGUUGAUUCGUCCUUCUCGUCCAGUCUAAUCAUAUUAGAGGAAAAAAAAAAUAACGAUAGGACUUUUGUAUUUGCUGCUUUGCUUUUAGUCCGAUGACAUGCUGGACGUGCAUCUUAUGUAAUGACUGAUGUGUUUUGUCAAAUAAAAUGUUUUUCAGUAA